GAUGUGUCAGCGGUCAAUUGUUUAGUCUGAGCACAUUCCAAAGAGGAAAACGCGCCCCCGCGCAGGAAAGGGACCCACUCAUGGGACAGUCAGCGAGGACGGGCGGUCACCACGCCCCCUCUGGAGACAGACGCGGUAGCCGAGCUCUUCCCGCUCAAUAGUUGUCCAGCCGGGGGAGGCUGCGUCACUGCUACGCGCAGAGAGGCGGAGCCUCGCCCGGCCUUCCGUCACUCGCCUGCGCCUGCGCCUGCGCCUGCGCGGAUCGUCAUGCUGUCAACCAAGUGUGUAGGUCUGGUCCUACUGCAGCUGCGGCGCCUCCAGAGUUUUCCGGGAUUCAGGACCAGUCUCUUCCUGCGCCGCCUUGGGCAAGAGUCCUUCGAGAGAGGCCGGUUACUGUGUUUUAAAGCCUCACCUAGAGACACGGGAGAUGAAGAAGGAGAGCGCGAGGCGGCACAGAGGAAAGCCCCAGGCGCAGACUCGCCUCCAUCUCUCCCUCCCCGCGUCCGGGGACUUGGGACCAGAUGUCUGUCGUCGCUGGAAAGCCUCGGACUCCCGACGCCGCGAGAGGAGUCACCCCCUCAAGAGAGCGAGGGCUCGAGUGGUGACCAGGGCCAGUCGGAUCCUGCACACCCGGGAUCCGGGAGUCCCUCAGUGCCCGCCUUGGUCCAGCCUGCCACCAAGGACGAAAUCCUACACGUCUCCUCUUCCUGGUCCGCUUCUAGAGUGGUGCCUUUUCGCGUUGGGGAGCUGAUUUUAGCUGAGACUGGGAAGAGAGAAACACAAUUUAAAAAAUUAUUUAGGUUGAGCAACGCCGGACGCUUAAAUAGUAACUGGGGGACAGUCCCGUUCAGCGAGAUCGUGGGGAAGUUCCCCGGCCAGAUUCUGAGGAGUUCCUCUGGUAAGCACUUCAUGCUGCGGAGGCCGGCAUUGGAGGAUUAUGUGUUACUGAUGCAAAGAGGGCCUGCCAUAACGUAUCCUAAGGAUAUAAAUAUGAUACUGUCGAUGAUGAAUAUCCACCCAGGUGAUACUGUUUUGGAAGCUGGCUCGGGCUCUGGUGGAAUGAGCUUAUUUUUAUCCAAAGCAGUUGGAUCACAGGGACGAGUCAUAAGUUUUGAAAUUCGAAAGGACCACCACAAACUGGCUAUGAAGAAUUAUAGACACUGGCGUGAUUCAUGGAAAAUAAGUCAUGUAGAAGAGUGGCCAGACAAUGUAGAUUUUAUUCAUAAGGAUAUUUUAGGAGCAACAGAGGACAUAAAAUCUUUAACAUUUGAUGCGGUAGCUUUGGAUAUGUUGAAUCCUCAAGUUGCUUUGCCUGUUUUAUUCCCAAAUCUUAAACAGGGUGGUAUAUGUGCUGUAUAUCUAGCAAACAUCACACAGGUUAUUGAACUUUUAGAUGGAAUUCGCAUCUGUGAACUUGCCCUCUCAUGUGAAAAGAUAAGUGAAGUUAUUGUCAGAGAUUGGUUGGUUUGCCUUGCAAGACAGAAAAAUGGAAUUUUAGCUCAAAAAGUAGAACCUAAAAUCAACACAGACUUACAAGUACACUCUCAAGAAAAAAUUAGAAUUGAAGGUGAGAUGUUUCAAUAUGAUGACCAUGAAGAAUCACAUUCUGAUUUUCCCUAUGGAUCGUUUCCCUAUAUUGCUAGACCUAUACACUGGCAAAUUGGUCAUACAGCUUUUCUUGUCAAGUUGAGGAAGUGCAAACCACAACUUAACUGAGUACCUCAGAUGACAACUGAUUUGAAGACUUGAAAAGUAUCAAAAUAGAACUUUAUAUUGCAAAUCAGUACUUUCAUAGAUUGGUAUUUUUAGCUAUCACUAUGAUUUGUAUAACUUUUACAUAUAACUUUGAAAAGUAAUAAAAGCUGGAGAAACAUGUAACAUUUCAAAACUGCUUAAAUGUCCCAUUUUGACACUUGUCUUGCAGUUUGGCAUUUUGUAGUAAAUGAUUCCAAGUUGGUUUAGUUGAGCCAUUUCAUUCUUCACUUCCUGUAAACCACUCCAUAGAUUUGUCUUUCUUCAUGAAAUUAGUUUUCUUUUCUUUGUUUGAUCGAUGAUCAUUGGCUACCAAAAUAAAAUAUGCAUUUUGAGGUAAAUUUUAUGUACCUGUGUAUUUUAAAUAUAUACGUUAAUGGCUUGUAUGUAUCUUAGAAAAUAACAAGUCUAGGCUAUAGUAAAUAAUAGGGAAAAAACUGAUAAUGAUAUCACUAUGUAACAAAAGAUGUAACAAUUCUUUAAUCUCUUUUGCCCUUUUUAACAGUUUGGAAGAACAUCAGAAUUAUUCUGUUGUUAUAUAAGUCAAAUGCUUGGGGAGUUUCCUGGCGGUCCAGUUGUUAAGAGCUUGGCACUUCCACUGCCAUGGCCCAGGUUCAAUCCCUGGUCAGGGUACUAAAAUCUUGCAAGCUGCAUGAUGCAGCUAAAAAAAAGUUUGGAGAGAUACACUUUAUAAAUAUGAGCUAAUUAGGACUAGAUUUUAUUUUUCAUAGGCAUCUGUCAUUUAGCAUUUCCCAUGUGCCUUACAUGUCUUAAGGACUUUAUAAUGUCUUUUUAAUAUGUGCUGCUCAUCCUUAAGGUUAUUCAUAUUUUACAGAUAAACAUAAGCUUAGAGUUAUUGUUUAAAUAUAGAUUUUUAUAGGUUUUGAAGUAGUAGUGCCUGUAAGGAUAAAUGCUACUUAUCUCUUAGGCUAGAACUACUUAAUAUACAUAUCCUAAAAAACAUUAUACAUACUUUUCAUUAUGUGGAAAAUCUAGUCUAAAAUCUCUGCCUUUUUUUUUUUCCAUUUAUUUUUAUUAGUUGGAGGCUAACUACUUUACAAUAUUGUAGUGGUUUUUGCCAUACAAAUGGAUAAGAAAGCGGUGGUGCAUAUACACAAUGGAGUAUUAGCCAUUAAAUCUCUGCCUUUUUAGAUUUUAUACCCUAUAAUAGAGAUAGACAUUAAAAAAAAUCACACAAAUAUAAAACUAAAACUGUUAUAAAUGCUUCAGAAAAGUACAGGGUACAAUAGAGAUUUUGCUCAGGUAAAGUAAUUACCUGUGCAAGUGACAAUUGAGCCAAGACCUGAAGGGUAGAUAAGAGUUAACUACAGCAAGGAAAAUGAGCACAAAAAGGUGUCAGUGAUAUUGCGGUUGACUGAAAGAGACUGAAAAGAAGGUAGGGGUCAAGCCGUGCAGGAUCUUGUAGACCUGUUAUGGAGUUGGUCUAUCCCAAGAAAAAUGGAGUGCUACCGAAGGAUUUAGUGAAGUAAGGGGUAACAUGCUUAGAUCUGUGUUUUGAAAAAAAAUCACUUUGGUUGCAUUUAGAGAACUGAUUAAGUCAUAAGCAGAGAAGUCUUCUGGUACUAUUUCUGUGUGGUAAGUAUCUGAACCACUUAUAUAAUAAUAAUGGCUUUAAACUUUCCAUAACAAUUCCAGAUGUAUAGAAGUUCUAAUAUACAUUUUUAAAUUCCAUCAUGGAAUACUCCUCAUUCUUCUGCCCUUCUAUUUAACUGCUAGUGAAAUUGUGUCCUUCAUUUAUUGUUUUGAACGCAGGCCCUAAUUGUACUUUUUGGAGAAGGGGAUGACUUAAAGAGGAGAGAAAAGUUGUGCCUUCUCCUGUUUCAUGUAGAAUAAUUUGUUUGGUACACUGCUCAGUAGAUGUUGAA